AUGAAAUCAAUCGAAGAACGAGUUGGAGCACACGAAGUUCGCAUUCGCAAAGCCGGUUGGAGCAUCCGCACCUUAGAGAUCAAACUUGGUGAAGCAGAAGAGACUAUUAACUACCACAACAACCAAACCUAUUCCUGUGUGGAAGAGAUUUGGGAUGGAGUACACAAGGUUCAAGAAAAAGCAGAGACAAUAGACUCAACUGUGGACGAAAUAGUCUGUACCCUCGACGAAAUCGAAAAGAAGGUCGAAAAGCUUAUGCAAGGACGUGAAACGAAUGGUUCGACGCUUCUCAUCGAAGAUCUUAGCCUAAAAGAGGAGGAGACGGAGUUAGAAGGUGCAGAAAUCAGUUCAGAUGGCAAAGGAGCAGACGAAACUGAGGAAACAACUCGAAGCCUCAUUCCCGCUGUCGGAACUCACGCUGGUGGAUCAUCAAGAGGAACUGUAGAAGCCUCCUCUCUCUUCUUGGAAACAAGGUAA